GAAAGAAGUUACAGACAUAUGUAUCCAGUAGUCAGUCUGAUAGAUAAAAUAUUUACUCUACAUAAUACGAACACGUUCCAAGUUACAUUUAAACAUACAAGUAUGAUAUAAUUAAACAUAUUAAAACAAGAUUUAAUCAAUAUGUUUAUACACUUGUUCCAAAUAUUUAAUCAACCAUCCCAGGCAACGUAAAAAUAUUAAUUUAGACGGAGAUUGCACAUACAAAAUUACGUAUUAAAUCAAUAAUCCCAGGCAACCCAACAAGUAUAAAGACGACAUUUCACUAUCAUCAUCACAUCAACUUUCGUCAAUUUAUACAAUAUUAUCGUGCUAUGAAAUUCAACAGUAGCAUUCCCGUAAAUACGUAUUUAACUUAUAAAAACAAUGAUAAUUUGGAACCUAAUAGAAAAAUUAAAUCAGAAGAUUUUGAAUGGGACUUCAAUCAUCCACUUUCACUAGUUUCUUUAAGUAUACAAAAGUUGAAAGAAAAUUGGCUGGGUACACCACGAUUGGAGCAAUUAGUGGCUAAAGAUCGAGAAUUUUUUUUGGAAAUUUUGAAUACUAACGUGCCACUGCAGAUUUUAGUUGAUAAUAUAAAAAGUGAUAUAUUUUGGAAAAGAUGCUAUAAAUCAAAAUGGUCUGAUUCGCCUAUAGUAACGGAAGAAAAGAAAUGGAUAAACGUAUUCAUGGAACGGCACUAUGCAGAUAUAUUAGAGAAUAUGAAUCCUCGUCUAUACGAUCCUGAGAAGGUAACUACGUUAGUGAAAUUAUGUGGUCCUUAUAUACAGUCAUUAGCAAUUCGCAGCUUAGUACCUUCCGAUAUUCCAGUCCAAAGGAUCACAUCUCCGGAAAUGGCAGAUUUGAUCACAAGCCAAAGAAUUAAAAGUGAAAAGCCGUUACUGAAAAAGGGUGAAACUUUAUCUAGAGAUCAUAUAUCCCUACAUGCGGCUAUAGGAAGUUUAACAAAUUUAGUGGAAUUACAUAUCUCCUAUCAAUUAAAAUAUACAGGAACAAAUUACCGUAGAGAUCAAUUUCAGUUUACUAACAAUGAUGCUAAAAAUCUAGCACGUGGAUUAGAAAAAUGUAAUCAAUUAAAAAUCUUAAGAAUCACUAGAACAGACAUGAACUGUCAUAGAGUAAAAUAUAUUCUCCGCGGUCUAUCUGAUAACCAAAAUAUAGAAACUAUAGACUUUAGUCAUUGUAAAAUUGGAGACGAUGGUUCAUCUUCUUUGGGAAAAUUUAUUGCUAGACAUAACAAAUUAAGAAAUUUAGUAUUGGUGGAUAACUGUUUUGGACCAGCGGGUGCAGAACAUAUUUCACACGCUCUUAAUCAUCCUGCCUGUGGAAUUCGCAACCUUGAUCUUAGACUUAAUAAUAGACUAGGUUCUGACGGAAUUGCCCAUAUAGCAGUAUCAAUAGCAAGAGGAUGUAACUUAAUCUCGUUGAAUAUUUCUGGUUGUGGUAUAAAACCAGGUCCACUAGUAAAAGCACCCGCAGGAGUUUGGUCGGCUACAAGUGCUGAAAAUCCACCAAGCUGUGGAGACUUAUUGGCAAGAGCUAUUGGAUUAGUGAAAACACCAUUAAGGUCAUUGGAUAUCAGCGUAAAUGACAUUGGUUCUCCUAGUGAUAGUACUCUAUCGAAUGCGAUUUGUUUAAGUUACAUAGUAGAUAUAAACUUAAAAAGAUCAGGUAUGAGUCCCAUCGCAAUGGCAAUUGCGGAAGCAGCCGCUGCAGCUCAAAGGCUUAGGCGAGAAGCGGAAAAGGGAAUUAGAUUUCGUAGAAGUGCUGGUAGAGUACUGCAAGCUCGAAGAGUUGCCAAAUGUAUGAACAUUGAUGCUGAUCCAAUUUUAUUAGCUCAACAAUUAUCAGCUCGACCUUCCAUAGUUUCCGUUGCAUCAGAAGAAGGUGUUUACAGUAUACAAACACAACCUUUACCUUCAGAUUUUGGCUUCGUACCCGCUCUAAAAAGUCCUUUGCAAUCAUCUCGUGCUUCAUCUAUUACUGGGCCACCAACAUCAAGAAGAUCUAGCCAUCAUAUAAUUUUAGAACCUGUGAAGGAAAUACGUCGCACAGCUCUGGUCCGACGAGGUUCUGAUGGCUCUUUGCUUAAAUCUCGCCGUGCAACAUUUGAAAGGCAUAUUAAAAUCUUUGUUUCUACCGAAAAUGAAGACUUGGAAGAUGAUUAAUAAUUGUGUUCUGAUAUAAUAUGUUCGUUUCUCUACGAACCUAUAUUGCUGAAAACAAGUUUACUUACUUCAUUCUUUUUAAGAGUUCUAAAGUAACAUAACUAUUUAUUUAUUUAUUCAUUCAUUUAUUGAAUGGGAAUGGAAAGAGAGAGAAACGAGAAAAAAAUAAGAGAGAAAGAUAGAACUUAGAAACGACCAAAGAAAAAUAAAAACGCCAUAAUGUAUUUUUCUUGUAACCGGAAUAAAAUUACAUGAUUUUAUUUU